GGGUCACGUGGGCCGUGGCUGCAGGAAGCCAGCGAGUGAGCGGCGAGAGGGGAGGGGAGGGGAGGCAGCGCCGGCGGAACAGGGCGCUGCUGCUGCUGCUGCUCCUGCUCCUCACUCACUCACUCCGUCCCAACAUGUGUCACCGCCGCUGAUCGGACAUGGAGCUCUUCCAAGCCAAGGACCACUACAUCUUGCAGAGCGGCGAGAAGGCGCUCUGGUGCAGCCGAAAGGAUGGCUCGUUACAAGUUCGCCCCGCCACUGAUUUGCUGCUGGCCUGGAACCCUAUUUGCUUAGGUCUGGUGGAGGGAGUGAUUGGGAAGAUUCAGCUUCAUACAGAUUUUGCAUGGCGGCUCCUUCUAAUUCGCCAGAAAGCACUGGUUGGAAAGCUUCCAGAGGACCAUGAAGUUUACAAAAUAACCAAGAUAGCAGUGAUCCCACUUUCAGAAGCAGAACCUCAGGAUUUGGAAUUGGAGCUCUGCAAGAAACAUCAUUUUGGUAUAAACAAAACUGAGAAGAUUACCCAGUCUCCAGAUGACUCCAAGUUUUUGCUCAAGACAUUUAGUCAAAUCAAGUGUAAUGUGGCUGUUCCAACCAAGAAAAAGGCUAAAGAAAACAAAGAAAAGGAGCGCCUGGAACGAAGGUUAUUGGAUGAGCUUAUCAAGAUGUUUAUGGAUUCUGAUUCAUUUUAUUACAGCCAGAGUUAUGAUCUUACAAAUUCGAUACAGAGACAGAGUUCUUCAGAGACGAACAAAGCAUCAUUGUGGCGAAGGGUUGACGAUAGAUUUUUCUGGAACAAAUACAUGAUGGAUGAUCUGAUCCAGUUAAAUGAUCCUAAAGCAGAUUUCUGGAUUGUUCCAAUAAUCCAAGGUUUUGUGCAGAUUGAAGAACUGGUUGUCAAUUACAGUGAAUCCUCGGAUGAUGAAAAGAGCAGUCCUGAGACUCCGUCACAGGAGCAAUGUGUGGAUGAUGUCUAUCCAAGGUUUAUAGUGGCAAUUAUUUCGAGGAGGAGUCGGCACAGAGCAGGAAUGCGCUAUAAACGCCGGGGUGUGGAUGAGAAUGGAAACGUGGCAAACUAUGUGGAGACGGAGCAGCUAAUCCACGUCCACAGUCACACGCUGUCAUUUGUCCUUGCCCGUGGAUCAGUGCCUGUGUUUUGGAGUCAGAUUGGCUAUCGGUAUAAUCCUCGUCCACGACUAGACAAACCUGAGGAGGAGACGGUCAGCAAGUUUGCAGCACACUUUGAGGAGCAACUGCAGAUCUAUAAGAAGCAGGUUAUUGUCAGCCUGGUAGAUCAGACUGGAAGGGAGAAAAUAAUUGGAGAUGCUUUUCUUCGACAUGUUCUGCUCUACAACAACUCAAACCUCACCUAUGUGACUUUUGAUUUCCAUGAACACUGUCGAGGAAUGAAGUUUGAAAACUUGCAGACCCUCACAGAUGCCAUCUCUGACAUCAUCACAGACAUGAAGUGGGACUGGGUUGACCAAGCUGGAGAGAUUUGCAAGCAAGAAGGAAUCUUCAGGGUGAACUGUAUGGACUGUUUGGAUCGGACGAAUGUGGUUCAAGCUGCAAUUGCUCGAGUGGUCAUGGAACAGCAGCUGAAGAAACUGGGAGUGAUGCCGCCUGAGCAGCCGCUGCCUCCAAAGUGCUAUCGGAUUUAUCAGAUCAUGUGGGCUAACAAUGGAGAUGUCAUUAGCAGGCAGUACGCUGGGACAGCUGCUUUAAAGGGUGACUUCACAAGAACUGGAGAACGAAAGCUUGCAGGAAUGAUGAAAGAUGGUUAUAAUUCUGCCAAUCGGUAUUACCUCAAUCGGUUCCGUGAUGCAUACAGACAGGCGGUCAUAGAUCCAAUGCAGGGCAUCCCAGUGACUGAAGAUCUCUACUCCAUCUUCAGCAAGGAGAAAGAACAUGAAGCCUUACACAAACGGAAUCGGAGGAGCCACCAAGAGCAGAUCAGCUUCCUCUUGCAAAAUUACAUGAAACUAUUGUUACCAGACAAUGAGAAAUUCCACGGGGGCUGGUCUCUGAUAGAUUGCGAUCCAAGCUAUGAUGAUGAAGUUGAAAAAGUGAACCAGUAUCAGAGACUCAACUUGGAGGAUUUGGAGAGGAUUGAAAUCGGACCAGAGCCCACUUUAUUUGGGAAGCCCAAGUUUAAUUGUAUGAGACUCCAUUACAAGCACAACGGAAUUAGCGGGUACUUCCACACAUUGAGAGCUGUGACUCGAAACCCUGAAGAAGAUGGAAAAGACACCCUACAGUGCAUUGCAGAAAUGUUGCAGCUUACAAAGCAGGGCCUUGGAAUAGAUGUGCCAAUUCUGGAGAAGAAGUUGGAGAGGAAGCGCAGUAAGCCACAUGAAGACAUCCUUGGGAUUCAUUCCAAAAGUCGAGUAACAAGCAAUACAAGCUUAACCCAAGGCAAGAACUUUCUUAUCAACAAGUUUUCUUCCUUUAACCAGAAAGUCAAACAAACCAAAUCCAAUGUGACCAUUGGAAAUUUGCGGAAACUGGGCAACUUUUCAAAACCGGACGUCAAGGUUAAUUUCUUAAAACCAAAUCUACGGGUGAACCUGUGGAAAUCGGACAGUAGUCUGGGGAGCUUGGAUUCCCCUGUGGCUGUCAAAGAGGAAACUGAUUCGGAUCUUGAGAUCUCUUCUGAUACGGACUCUUAUGAAUCUGAUGGCUAUCUCUCCAAUUCCAAAUCAGAUGAAGAAUGCCAGCUCUCGGACGCUGAAGAUGUCGGACAGUGCGACUACGUGCUUCCCAGCUGCGGCAUUGUCGCCACUGGACCUCGUUCACGGUUAAGCAGCCGAUCACAUUCGAUCGGCAGCACAGAUUUUAAUAUUCCACACAAUACUUCAGAAAUCCACUUAACUCAGAAUAAUCCUGAACACCAGGGUGAAGUUCUGAUAAAUGCACUGCCUUCUGAUGCAGCGCCAACUGCUGACGAGGAUGUCCUUGUUGAUUUCAACACUCCCAUUGACGCCUAUUGUCACCAGUUUUUAGAAGAUGCACAGAAUAAAUCUCUGGACGUUAGUGUUGCAGAUCUGGAUUUCCAUCAGAAGCAGCAAGAACAAAGCAACAGUGGCUCUGGAGUAACAUCCAACGUUAAGGCAGAAGAAACUGAGAUGCAUUUACCAAGACCCUCCAAGCUGGACGUAUCCUCGGCUAGCUCUCGCCUACCCCUCCUUUCAGUGGAACCUCCGGACAAUCCAGCCUGUGUGUCCAAUCCAUCUGAAGAGGAGGCUGGGUGUACAGCGUCUUCUCCUUCCCAACCAGAAGAUGCAGGCAGCAGUGCUGUUUCACCAUUCGCUAAGAUCCGAAGUUCAAUGGUCCAGGUAGCAAGCAUGACCCAGGCAGGACUAAUCCAGGGGGUAAACUUUGCUGUGGCAAAGGUCCAGCGAACCCCUGAAAAUGUAACGGAGAGUCAGCACCCCCAGUUGAAGGAGAUGUUUUCUCAGUGCCAGACAAGGAUAAUCCAGAUUUAGCCACUGGUGGUCUCUGAACUUUGUAACCUUGACGAAGGGGAACACUUUUAAGUUAUGAUCCAAGACCAAAAGUCCUUUAAAAUGUAUCUGCAGUUUUGUAUGGAGUCUUUAACAAUGUGGGAUUUGAGGUUUUCAAAUAAUCUGGGUAAUCCUGGAUGUUUGCAUUAAGCUACUGGAGCAGCAGCUACUGAGCAGGCCAAUGUGCAAUAUUAAUUAUGGUAGAAUGUAUUAGGCUGGUGGCAAUGUAGUCGAAGUUGAUGACAACUGGCUCGAACCUGCCCUGUUCCAGUUGUUUUUAAUCCAAGUAAACAGGAGUUGUACACUCCACACAAUUUAAGCACAUGCCAUACCACACACUUCAGGAGUUCCCUGUCAGUAUGCAUUGUAGUGAAGUGGAAUGGUCAGUGGGAUAAUAACUUGCAUCUUGCCCUAAGAUUGUCUUCACUGCCAUCUGAGAAAACUGCCCCCGAAUUAAGUUUUUUUAAGAAAAAAAGAAAAUCUUAAAUCUAUAUUUUCAUUUUAUGGAACAGCAUCUUUGUGCAGCAAAAGUCUAUUGCAAGGACUUGAAUAUCUCAUGGUUAUUUCACGAUUAUAAGUAUUCUAGAAAUCUGAACUAUUGCAAAAGGUAUUUUUCUGUCUUGCACACAGAAGGAGCAAGAUCCUCAUGAAUGUUAAAAUACAAGUGGUGAAGGGGCCGGAGGGAAUUUUGACUUAAACCUGAUGUAGCAUUAGUACAAUCCUAUAGACAGUGCCUGUGGUUUAUCAUAAAUGUACUGUAGUUAGAUUGUAAACAUGUUAUCUACAGUAGGUUCCCAAUUGUCUUAAUCAGCCUUCGACACAGAAUUUCUAGGUGAAUAAAACUGCCCAUUCCUAUAAUUAAAAUACUUGUUAUUGUAACUUAAAUGUUUUAAUGUGCUUAUUUAUUCAUGUUUUGUCACAGUAGUGUGGUUUCUUUGAUGUGUUGAAAAUAAUGCACAUGCUACAAAAGUAGAUUUGCUCCAGUGUAUUUUGACAGGAGGGAUGAAUAUUAUUUUAAUUAAAAAAAGUUGAAGCAAA